GGCUCUUGGCUGCUAUCUCGGCGUUUUUUCGGCUACCCCUGCCGCGCUCUCAAUGGGUUACUGCGAAGUCUGCCCCGAGGUUCAAGAAGUCCUAUUACUGUACUCCAGGAACAACGCAUACGAUAAGAAGGCAAUCACUUCGUGCAGUUCAGCCCCUCCCAGCGCGUCUCCACUGAAAACUUCAGCUUUUGAACUCAAUGGGAGUGGAUCUCCUUGCUGGAAGGGGUCGCUCACUUUCCCGGGAGAAAAGGGAAUAGCGGUGGAGGAACGCCGGUCGGCUUUUGGCAGUCCGCGGCCACACCCUGCCGGCUGGCGGCUUUCCAGCCUGGCUGGCUACACCUGGCGCGGAAGAGGCCGGCGGGCCGUGGGCAGGACGCGGCAUUUAAGACGCGCCUGGCUGCAGCGCGCUGUUCCGAGCGCUCAGGCCGCCGGGUGCACGAUGCUCCUCGCUCGCUGCUUGGGGACGGCGCUGUUGCUUUUGCUGGCCCCGACGACGGGAUGCGCGGCGGCCGUGGCUGCUGCUGCGUCGGGGCCCGACGGGGACCUCGGGGCCGUUUGCCCUUCUUCUCCGGCCGGCUGCGACUCCCUCGAGAGCGACCGUAAGGCUACGUGCGACGACGAGAAAGCCUGCGGGGCCCGGGCGGCGGGCGAGCCCUGCGGCGUCUACACGCCCAGCUGCGCCCGCGGGCUGCGCUGCGUCCCCCGGCCUGGCGAGCGCACUCCUCUGCACGCCCUGCUGCGCGGGAAGGGCGUCUGUCGGGCAGCGGCCGCGUCAGCCAAGAAGGGAGGCAGCAAGAACCAGACAGAGAUGGAGCCCGGUGCAGGUGAUGGCAGAAGGGGAAACCACCAGACAGAUCAUUCAACUCCAGAACCUCUCCCCCUUCGGAUCCAAGACCCUUUGCCAGAUGUCAUUGUGGGCAAUUCCGAGCUACAACAGCUCCCCCUAAGUAAUGGUGUUAAACAGGAGUUUGAUCUGGCUCCCUGCCGCAUGCAUUUGGAAGCCAUCCUGCAGGAGCUGAAGGCCCCCCUCUACCUGAACGGCGAAGAUAUCUUCAUUCCCAACUGUGACACCAAAGGAUUUUAUAGGCGGAAGCAGUGCCGGGCCUCCAAAGGGCAGAAGAGAGGCCAGUGCUGGUGUGUGGAUAAGAGAGGCCAUCGGCUGGAGGGGCUGGAAGAGAGCCCCCUCUGCCUGCUUGCUAAUAGUGACUGAGGAUGCAGAAAGAAAGGAGGCCACCACAGUCCAACAGCAGGACUCUUGACUGAGGGGACUUGUCCUAUUAGAACAGUCAUGGAAAAUGUUUGCUUGUAACUUAUUGCACAGUUGUUGCCUUGCUGGGAUCCUGCCUUCCCUGGGAUACCGUUGGAGCUGUUACUGUUUCUGAUAAUACGCCGCCAAAGAAGGGAGGAGACUGGGCUGGCUGCCUCAGAGAAACAGCAGACUGCGGUCUUCUAGCUGCCUGACCGAAGAGGCUGUGUUGAAUAAGCUACCGGUGGCUGCAUCACAGCAAUAAUGCUGGCACUUGAAUCAAUUCUCUUUGGCUGAUGUGACAUAUAUCCUAGGUGCUUAUUUAUACCAGUAAAGGGAGCAGGAAUAGCCAGUUCCUCGAGGUGCGGUAUGUAUUCUUGGGCUACCUUCUAUAAAACGAGUAGGGAGAGACUGGGAUUUAUCUUAGACAUCCUACCAAUGUAAAUGUGUUUUGUGGAAGGGAUUUUAACAGCAUGACUGUCGUACCCGUUAAGGGCAGCAUAGGAGGAAGUAACAUUGAAUUUGGCCAGGUUUUUAUGUGGCCAACCUCUACAAUUUAAGCAAGAGAGUGAAAGUGCUGAAGAUUACUAGAAACGAGAUUUAUGGAAGUUCUAGCUGUAGCUUUAAUGUUGUUGCACACUCUCCCCUCUGCCCUCCUUCACAGCUCUCCUGCAGCAUAUCCUUUAAAGAGCUAUCCAGAUGACAGGAAAACCUGAAGCUGCCUUCCACACAAAGGAGCAGUGGAUGAUGGAUUGUCCCUAUUUGCUGUAAUGUGCUUUUAUUUAAUGGGUUUAAACAGAUAAGUCUUAAUUUCUGUAUGUUUUACUAUCUUUGGUUUCAAUAAAUCUGAUGAUUAUGCCA